AUGAGAAGGCUCAAGGCCGCCGGCGCUAACCCCCCAUUCUACAGCCACGGCGUUUUCAAUUUUCCGGCUAGCCCCGUCCUCCUUUCCGUCUUCGACAUUAUUACCGUAACCCUAAUCCUCUCUCUCAUCCUCCUUUCCAUUGUCUCAUUAUUCUUCGUUUUCAACCUUCGUUUCAAAUCCAGAAGAUUCCAUCACCUUCAGAAUUUCGAUGUUCUAUGGAACGUACGUAUCCUUCUCGUCUCCUUCGUUGUCCUCUGGGCCGGAAAUGAAGUUCUCCGUUUACCAUUCUUUCAUCGAAGAUACAUUUACCCCUUUUUACCCACCUUGAAUUUAACCCAACAAGCCAAAAUGUGUAAAUAUCACGUCAUUCUCUCCCUAGGAUUAUUCGAACCCGGAUUUCUAAUCUCUCUUCUUUUUCUCUUACAUCUAUCCGUUAGACACAGAGCUCCAUGCGACGAUUGGGCGGUUCCAUUAAUCCUCACGACUUGUUUCCCUAUACUUAUUCUACAAAUGUUUUUCAUUUUCUUCCCGCCCGUCGUCGAUCAUUUACCCGAUAUUCUCCGGCGAAGUUCUGUUCUAGCAAAGGACAGUUUCGACCAUAGAACGCGAAUUUGUUCCUACCCAUUAAUGAGCACGUUGGUGUUCGGAGGAUUUGGGGCGGUUUACACAUUCGUGCUGGUGGUUUUCUCAUGGAGAUUGGUUUCUUUGGUGAUUAAUAAAGGGACGAGACUACGUAUUCACUUUCUGGCGAUCUCUGUUAUUACGUCGGUGCCGCUGCAAGUUCUGUUUCUUUCUUUAUCAACGUUAUGGAAUCCAGGGACCAUUGGAUAUAGCGGCGUUAUGAUGGGGAUGUUUGUUUGCGUCGCAUGUUGCGCCGCUGCGUCUCAGGGUAUUCUUGUUAUUAAACCGAUUGCCGACGCUUUGACUUUUAGCGACGAGGAGAGUCUCAGCCGACAUAUUCAAGGAAGCAGAUCACGUGAUGAUUCUUUAACAGAAGAGAGUUUUCUUGGUAAUUAA